AUGGGGCACAUCUCCAGGUGCUCGCCAAGCCACAAGAUUUUUCUGGACCUUUCGGAUGAUUUGGGCUACUCCUACCUCGGGUCGCGGACCAUUUCACAAGAUGUUUCUUCGGUCACUGGAAAGCCCCAGUCUGUGGCGCGAGCUGCGCUGAACGCUGUCGGCGGCAAUCAGCAUGAGGCCUGUGCGCUCUUGAUGUCCGGAUUGUCUGUGGCCGUAACCGGUGGCCCUUGUGAAGUUGCAAGCCUUGAGCUCGGUUCUCCGGCGUGGAUUGGAGGUGAAGGAGUGGUUUCUUCCGUGGGCUCCUUUGCAGGCUCUUUCAUCCUGCGCUUCCCCCGCUACUGCCGUGAGCGGGUAGAUCUCCUGAGCUUGGAGACGAUCGAAGUCUUCAUGAUCGCAGCUUCUGGCACCCAGGGUCCACAUUGGACUACGGAUGAAGAGCUCAGCAGCCCAGAGAUCAGCGCGGCUCUUGACAAUGCUUGUCUUCAGCGGAAGACCUUUAAGCCAGGGCCUGUAAGUUUUUCCUUGGAGCAUGUCGAGCUGAUUCUCAUCACCGUGGUGAGGAAUAAUGGAUCCCUGCCUCCACGCAACAGCCAUCAGUCGCCAGCACCCGCAGAUUCUUGCCAGACACCAAGCCACGGGUCAGCACCGUCUAUCGAAUCUCGCACUUCUGGAAACCUGGCAGCGGCGAGUCUUCAGUGGAUUGGCGACCUCGGUGCUGGAUCCUUCGGCUCUGUGCACCUCGCGCGCACCGCUGCAGGUACUGCGGUUGCGGUCAAGCGGGUACGCGUCACAAGUGGCCAUGAGAUGCGCGAGGUGCAGAUGCUGCGGAAAGCUUCCCACCCCAACAUGGUCAAGUUCAUUGACUCUUUCAGCUGGAACUCGCCCGAUGGCCAGGCUUGUGUGUGCAUCGUCAUGGAAUACCUGCCAGAGAACUUACACACCAGAAUAAAUGGGCACCCCUUGUCUGCCUGGUACGUUCGCCAUUUUAGUGUUCAGCUGCUCACCGCCGCUACGCACCUUGAUGCCUUGCAGAUCUGCCAUCGCGACUUGAAGCCCGAGAACAUACUCCUCAGCCAAGACGAUGUGCUCAAAGUUUGCGAUUUCGGUUCUGCUAAGCUUCUUGGCCGUGGGCCGUCUUGCAACUAUGUUUGCUCUCGAUGGUGGCGCGCACCAGAACUGAUUCUGGGUGCGAGGGACUACACAACAAGUGUUGAUUGGUGGUCAUGCGGCUGCAUAGUCGCUGAGAUGAUGUCAGGACAGCCUCUCUUCAGAGGUGAUUCGAGUUGGGGUCAGAUGUAUGCCAUCGUACGCAUCCUUGGGACGCCGACGCAACGAGAGAUGCAAAGCUUGGUGCCAGAGCAAGGCGGACAGCGGCUGGCUCAGCACUUCGCAAGCCUGGUGAAGCUUCGUCGUUCUGGCAGGCCUUGGGCGGAGCUGCUUCCAGCGUUUGCGCAUCUCUCCAGCAGCCUUGCCAUCCCUCGCAAGCUGCUGACAUACUGCCCAAAGGAUCGUUGCCACCCGAGCAUCUUGCUCUCAGCGCCUUUCUUGUCGAGUCGAAGUGAAGUGAAGCUUCCUGGCGCCAGCGAGCCAAAGUCAAAGAGGAGGCACCAGGCUCAGCAUGCCCAUCUCGUCGAGCGAACUCCCAAACGACGCUGCUUACUCGUUUCGGCUUGA